AUGGCUUUAAAAAAGAAGAGCCUUUUUCUUAAUAACUCAAAAACUGUUGAAAACAGCAAAUCUAGUGCCGUGAAAAUCUUAAACGUUGAUUUGAAAACUGUGAAAGUCAAAAUUGAAAACAAAAAAUUUAAACCGCAAAAUGAAAUUGUUAAAGUUAUUUUUGCCUGGCGCAAUGUCAGUCUUUACUGCUCAAACUCUAUUUACGAGCUAAACACACCUAAAUCGGAAGAGAUCAUUUUACGCAACAUCAACGGACAGUUGAAUUUUGGCACCCUCGUAGGAGUACUAGGUCCGUCAGGAUCUGGCAAAACAACACUGCUUAAAACACUGAAUGGGCAGCUCAAAGACAAACUUUCUGAGGAGAGUACCUUUUACGUGAGCAAAUGUACACCCAUCAGGACCUGUUUCAUUACCCAGGAUGUGUCCAAUCACCUGUGGCCAGGCUUAACAGCCAAACAGGCUCUGGUGUACGCGUCCAGACUGAAGAACAGCUCAGUUGUUAGGCAAACAGUUGAUCAUGAAGCGAUCGCCUUGAGCAUGCUAGAACAACUAGAUUUGCUGAAUAUUGUCCACACAAAACUGGAAAAGUGCUCGGGCGGUGAGCGGCAGAGAAUCGCAUUAGGUCAGGAGUUGACUUCUGUUCACAUGCCAAAUUUUGUGCAAUUGGACGAGUGUUGCAGCGGUUUGGAUAGCACCUCUGCAGAAAUUGUAAUCUCCUGCUUAAGAUCGCUAGCAAAGAAUCACAACAUCACCAUCAUUCUUUCCAUUCAUCAAACCAACAGUAAAGUUCUACAAAUGUUUGACCAGAUUUUUGUGCUUGCUCGUGGAGGUGUGAACAUUUUCCAGGGCCCACCAAAGACUAUUCAACAUCACCUCCACAGCCUGUCUUCAGCACUGCCUGCAAACGAUAAUGUACUGUACAGCGUGGAAACACUGCUCAAGUACGCCUCACUUGGUCAGCAGAGCAGUACG